AUGCCAUCCCCCUCAACAUCCCCUCGAGAAUCCACCCCCUUACCACCCCCAAAACUCUACGACAUCCGCGAAGCACCGACCUAUACAACCUCGAGCGAAACAACAUGGAACGAUACCUACAAAAACAGCUCUGAGAUUGCCAUCGUGAUCGACAAUGGUACUCCUCCAUUUCCUCCCCCCCCCCUCCCCUGCCCACACACACUGACAUUAUCACAGGCUCCUCGCAAACCCGCGCCGGCUUCUCCCAUGAUCCCCUCCCACGCUUAACCUGCCCGCCAAUGGUGUCCAAGUAUCGCGACCGCAAAGCGCAGAAAACAUACACGGUGGUCGGGAACGACGUGUUCGCGGACCCGAAUUCGCGCGGGCAGGCCAAGAAUCCGUUCGAUUCUAAUGUUGUUUCCAAUUUCGACCAGAUGGAGACGCUGUUAGACUAUUGCUUUAUCAAUCUGGGUGUUGGUGAGGAGGGAGGUGGUGGGGUGGGACACCCAGUGGUUAUGACCGAGGCGGUUUGCGUACCGGGGUAUAAUCGGAAGAGUACACCCUACAUUUCACUCUUAGUUACUGGGAGGGGGAGCUGAUUGAGGAUAGUGAUGAGUGAACUACUCUUUGAAUGCUACAACGCGCCGUCCGUAAUAUUUGGUAUAGACUCGCUCUUCUCGUACGACUACAACAAUGGGAAAACCGGCCUUGUCCUCUCCACCGGCCAUACAGCCACGCACCUCAUCCCCGUCGUGGACGGGAAAGGCCUCGUGAACCUCUCCACAAGACUCAACUGGGGAGGCUCCCAAUCCGCGGACUACAUGCUCAAGCUCAUUCAGCUAAAAUACCCCGGCUUCCCGGCAAAGAUUCAAAGUUGGCAAGCUGAAGCACUCAUGAAAGAUCAUUGUUAUGUUAGCUCGGACUACAAGGAAGAGGUAGCAAACUACCUGAAGCCGGAAAUACUGCUGGAGAAGGACAGAAUAAUCCAGUUCCCCUUUACUGAGACGGUAAAAGUGGAGAAAUCCCAGGAGGAACUCGACCGUAUCGCCGAGCGCCGCAAGGAAAGCGGCCGCAAGCUCCAGGAACAAGCGGCCAAAGCGCGUCUCGAGAAACUCAUCAAAAAAGAGCAAGAACUGGCCUUCCUAAAAACACUCCAAGCACGGCAGGAGACGGACUCGAAGCGCGACUUCAAGCGCCUCCUCGAACAGAAUGACUUCCGCGACGAAGCAGCGCUGGAAAAGUCCGUCCGAGAACUCGACAAGACCAUCCGCCGCGCACGCAAGCAGGAUGUGGGGGCCGAAGAGGACGCAGCGAACAGCGCCCCGCCCUCAUUCCCACUACUCGACAUACCGGACGAGGAAUUGUCGGAUGACAGCAAGAAGAUGAAGCGCCACCAGAAGCUGAUGAAAAGCAAUCACGAAGCCCGACUCCGCGCCAAGGCGGAGAAGGAAGCCGAGCGUCAACGCCAGGAAGAUCUAGAACGCGAGGACGCAGCGAAGCGGGAAGCAGACCUACCCGCCUGGCUAUCCACCCGCCAUGCCGCGCGCACAGCCGUCCUGACAAAGAUAAAAGACCGCACACGGCUCCGCAACGAGCUCUUAGACCGCAAGAGCCUCGCGUCGCAAAUGCGCAUGAAGUCCAUCGCAAACCUAGCCUCCGACUCCCCACCCUCAAAAAAGCGCCGUCGCGGCGGUGGCGGAGCCCCCGGAACAUCAAGUGGCCCCGGCGGCGGCGGCGGCGGCGCCAUCGACGACGACAACUUUGGCGCGAACGACGACGACUGGAGCGUAUACCGCAACAUAACCCUGGGUACGAACUCGGACGAGGACGAGGAGGACAACGAACUGGCCAAGGAGCUCAAGGCCAUCGAGGACCAACUCCUCCUGCACGACCCCCACUUUGACCGUAACGACACGCACGAGGCCAAGAGCGACUGGCGCGCCUCCCUCCUGCACGCUUUCACCCGCGGCGUGCGAGAGCACGACGUGGACGACCAGGCCCAGGGCUGCCAGAUCCACCUGAACGUUGAGCGCAUACGCGUCCCCGAGGUCUUCUUCCAGCCCGGCAUGGCGGGACUCGAUCAGGCCGGCGUCGUCGAGAUCGCCGGCGACAUACUGCUCCAGCGCGUGGCGGACGAGCGGGCGAGGGAGAGCGUGCUCAGGGAUGUAUUCCUGACCGGCGGCGCCGUCGCCUUUGAAGGCUUCGACGAGCGUGUUCAAAGGGAGGUGAGGGGGAUUAUCCCCGCCGGGAGUGAGUUGCGGGUGCGCAGGGCCGGGAACGUAGUGCUCGACGCAUGGAGAGGCGCCGCGAAGUUUGCUCAGGGGGAAGGCGCGGGGAAGGGGGGUGGGUGGGUCACCAAGGGGAUGUGGGAGGAGGCCGGGAGGGAGUACAUCUUGGUUCGUCCCCCCCCCUACUGUUCAUUCUACCUUGCUUUGCCAAUUCCGUUGCUCGUGGAACUAAUUGGAACAGGAACAUCGACUUGGCAAUGCUUUUUGA